GCCGAGAAUUGAGUUAGACAUUGCAGUAGCGGACAGGCAAACGUUCGAAAUCGCGAGCUUUCUGCUGCACGUGUAAAUGAAGGGCUGCUGAUUGCACUUCUGCAUUCCAAUUCGAUUUCGCCGGUGAUUUUUCACAGUUAGCGCGCUGUAUCGUGUGAGGAGCUGCCCCCCAAUAGAACACAAUGUCUAAGAAGGCGGGUGAUAAGAAGAAAUCCCGACGUGGGGAUGAUGAUUUCGAGGAUGUCGUGAAGAAACCGGAUAAUGUUGGUGACGUCCAGGACAGCGGUGAAAAAGCGAAGAAAGAGAAGAAAAAGUCGAAAAAAGCCGCGGAGCUAAUUGCCAUGAUGGCUGAGGCCAAGGACAACAACAACAAGAAUGAGGAUAAGUCAAAGGACACGAACGCCAAGAAGCAACAGCCCCAGGAUACAGAGGACAUCAAAACCAAGAAAUCUGGGAGGAAGAAAGCUCCCGUCGAGGAUGUCGAAGGAGAUGAGAAACCAGCGGAGCGGGCGAAAACGAAAGGCAAAGAGUCGAAAUCCAAACCUAAGAGAACAAUCGAAGAGGAUCUCGCAGAAAUGGAACUCAAUGAUGUAGAUGAUGAUGCUGGAGAUGACGAAAUGCGAGACGAGGAGACGGAGAGGCCUCAAGAGGACGACGAUGAAAAAGAUCCAGCCUUCGCCAACUUGUCGAGAAAGGAACGCAAAGCUCUCAAGAAGCAGCGAGAGUUUCAGAAGGCUCUCGACGCCCUGGGAGCUCCGAAGAGCAGUACGGACACGACUCAAUUUACUGUUUCGCAAGCCGAUAAAUCAGCGGCACAGCAAGCUCAAAUGGAACAUGCCGUCGAUGUCAAAGUGGAAAACUUCAGUAUCUCAGCCCGGGGGAAAGACCUCUUCGUUAACGCUUCGCUGCUCAUCGCAAAAGGACGCCGUUACGGUCUGGUCGGACCGAACGGACAUGGCAAGACAACCCUCCUGAAACACAUAGCCAAUCGAUCCUUGAAUAUUCCAUCUAGCAUCGAUGUGCUCCUUUGUGAGCAGGAAGUUGUGGCCGACGAAACACCCGCGGUGCAGGCGGUCAUAAAAGCCGACACUCGACGUCUCCGGUUGUUGGACGAACAGGCUGAUCUUGAGAAAGCGGUCGCGGCGGGGAAAACCAAAGACCAAGAACGUCUUAACGAAGUAUAUGAAGAGCUCCAAGCUAUCGGAGCCGAUUCAGCUGAGCCCCGAGCUCGGAGGAUCCUCGCUGGUCUUGGCUUCGACAAGGAAAUGCAAGACCGGGCGACCAACCAAUUCUCUGGAGGUUGGAGGAUGAGAGUUUCGCUGGCUCGAGCACUUUUCAUGGAGCCUACUCUACUACUCCUCGAUGAGCCCACAAACCAUCUCGAUCUGAACGCCGUCAUUUGGCUUGAUAAUUAUUUGCAAGGCUGGAAGAAAACACUCCUGGUUGUGUCUCACGACCAGAGUUUCCUCGACAACGUCUGUACGGAUAUCGUGCAUCUCGACAAUCAGAAGCUGUUCUAUUACAAAGGGAAUUACACCCAGUUCAAGAAGAUGCAUGAGCAAAAGAAACGGGAGAUACUCAAAGAGUAUGAGAAACAGGAGCGAAAAUUGAAGGCUCUCAAGCAGGGGGGACAGAGUAAUAAGCAGGCAACGAAGAAAACGGUGGAAGCUCUCACUCGGAAACAACAGAAAGGCCGCAGCGUGAACGUCAAGAAAGAAGAAGACGCCGGACCAGCUUCGCUCAUCGAGAAGCCCCGGGACUACAUCGUGAAGUUCAGCUUCCCGAAUCCUCCACCCUUGCAGCCGCCGAUCCUCGGAUUGUACAACGUCGAUUUUGCCUACCCGGGUCAACCCUAUUUAUUCAAAAACAUAGAUUUCGGUAUCGAUAUGACUUCUCGCGUAGCUAUUGUCGGUCCGAAUGGAGUUGGCAAGUCAACUUUCCUCAAACUCCUCGUCGGAGAUCUAACCCCGACUGUUGGUGAAGCUCGGAGGAACCAUCGCCUCAGAAUCGGCAAGUUCGAUCAACAUUCAGGGGAGCACCUCAACCCUGCUGAGACUCCCGUUGAAUACCUGCAGCGGUUGUUCAAUCUCAAUUAUCAAGACGCUCGCAAACAGCUGGGCACUUUUGGUCUGGUGUCCUAUGCACACACGAUUUUGAACAGUGAUCUGUCGGGAGGGCAGAAAGCUCGAGUAGCGCUGGCCGAGCUUUGUCUGAAGAGUCCCGAUGUUCUCAUUCUUGACGAACCUACAAAUAAUCUCGACAUCGAGAGUAUAGAUGCCCUGGCGGAAGCUAUCUCGGAGUACGAAGGGGGCGUGAUUAUUGUUUCCCACGACGAGCGCCUUAUCCGAGAGACAAACUGCCAACUGUGGAUCAUCGAGCACAGGGGCAUCGACGAAAUCAAUGGGGACUUCGACGAUUACCGACGAGAGAUCUUGGAGCAACUUGGGGAACAGAUAAAUAAUCCCAGUGUUGUGGCCAAACAAGCUCUCGAGUAGUUACCGAUGGCUAUAGGCAGAACGUUGUGUCUAAUAAACGAAGCUGUUUUCUGUUGCAAAGGAA